UUCGAUGUUUCAAGAUUAGCUACAAGAAAAAUGGAAAAAAUAAUGUGUAUUUAAAUCAAAUCUUUAAAAAAUAAUGUCUAAAUAAUGAGUUUAGUGUAAUAAUAUUGAAGCUUUUAUAUCCUUUUAACCAAAGCCUUUUAACAUGCAUAACAUAGAUUCUGACAGUGAAGACGAGCUUCCCUCAGGAUGGGCAGAGAAAUCUACCGAAGAUGGGAACGUAUAUUUUGUUAAUACAUGUAAUAAUAAAAUUCAAUGGACUCAUCCUCAAACAGGACGUAAAAAAGUUAUACCCAAAGAUUUGCCGUUUGGCUGGUCAAAAUCUGUGGAUGAAAACGGAAAAACUCUUUAUGUACACAAUGAAACCGGGAAUAAAACAUACAUAGACCCAAGAUUAGCGUUUUCAAAAGAAGAAAAGAAACAUGCAAAUGAUUUUCGCCAAAGAUUUGAUGGAUCCACUACAGCUUAUCAGGUUUUACAUGGAGUAGAUUUGUCAGGGAAAUAUGCAUUGAUAACUGGCAGCAAUGCGGGAAUUGGUUUUGAAACUGCAAAGUCUCUAGCCAGACAUGGCUGUAAUGUAUUAUUUGCUAAUCGCAACUUAGAAGCAACUCAACAAGCAAUAGAACAAAUUAUUAUAGAGACAAAUGCUUCAGAAGAGAGCUUAAAAUCAAUUCAUUUAGACCUAUCAUCCCUGCAAAGUGUAAAAAAGUGUGCCCUAGCUGUUAGAACGGUUUUUUCUGAUCACUUGGAUAUGUUGAUAUUAAAUGCUGGUGUGUUUGGACUACCUUAUGAAGAGACAGUGGAUAAUCUAGACAGAACUUUUCAGGUCAAUCAUCUGUCACACAUGUACCUUGCCUUACUUCUGGAACCGUUAUUAAAAAGGGGUUCACGAGUAAUAUUUGUGUCAUCUGAAUCCCACAGGAUGGCUAGCCUGAAAAAUGUAUUUGUAAAGCAGAACCUAAUGUACUCGAAAGAACAGUACAGUUCCAUGAUGUCAUACAAUAAUUCUAAGUUAUAUAAUGUUAUAACUGCAAAGAUUCUAAGUGACAAAUGGCGGCACAAGGGUAUUGCAGUUAACUCCUUACAUCCAGGGAACAUGGUCUAUAGUAAUCUUAUGAAAAACUGGUGGCUAUACCACCUUGCCUUCCUUUUAGUACGUCCAUUUACAAAAUCACUGCAACAAGCAGCAGCAACAACAGUUUAUGUAGCAACCGCCUCAGAGCUAGAGGAUGUGACGGGCUUGUACUUCAAUAACUGCUUUUAUUGUGAAGAAUCAGCCCUAGCACGGGAUACAGACAUAGCACAGGAAGUUUUUGCUAUAUCACUUCGUAUGAUCAAGGAGAGAAUGGGUGAUGAAGGCAUAGGCCAAUAUUUGAAUAUUUAUUCUACACCAGAGCUAACAUAAAAUGUUUUGUAUUACAUUCCAUUACUUUGUACUAUUAGUAUUGUAAUAUUAAAAUAUAUAUAUUUUCAAAUGGUUUAUAAA